CUGCCGCGGACGCGGACGCUCGUCCGCGACGCCGGCGCGGAGCUGACGAACUGGUUCGUCCACACGCCCAUCUGCUGCCCUUCUCGCGCCCAGAUCCUGACGGGCCGCUACUUCCACAACGUCCGCGUCUCGGACUUUCGCGGCGCGGGCUGCAUGCACGUCGACUCCCGGAAUCCGAAGUUCUACGCCGAGUGGCACGUCGCGACGCACUUCCGCGACCUCGGCUACAGCGUCGGCUACUUCGGGAAGCACCUCAACAACGACAACCCGCUCGCGGCGCCGCCGGGCGUCGACCGCUGGGUCGCGAACGGCGGCGGCACGUACCUCGACCCGUCCUUCGCCGUCGACGGCGUCGAGGUCGCGUUCGACGAUUGCGCGGGACGCCCCUGCUACAGCACGUCGAUCAUCGGCAACAAGACCGUGGACUGGCUCCGCGGCGACUUUGGGAAGCCGUUUGUCGCCGUCGCGGCCGUCAAGGCGCCGCACGUCGAGGACGGCCCGGGCUGGCCCGUCGCCGUGCCCGCGCCCUGGUACAACUCGUCGGCGCUCUUCGCCGGCGAAAAGCCGCCGCGGACGCCCAACUGGAACGCGUCGUGCCCGGACCACCACUGGCUCGUCGCCUCGCAGCCGCCCAUGACGCGCGAGCAGGCGCAUCGGUCCGACGAGCUGUUCCGCGCGCGCCUCCGGUCCCUGCUGUCCGUCGACGACCUCGUCGCGGGCGUCGUCGACGCCCUCGAGGCGUCGCAGCGCCUGGACGACACGUUCGUCGUCUUCACGAGCGACCACGGCUUCAGAUUCGGCCAGUUCCGCAUGCCCGAGGGCAAGUGGAACGCGUACGAGAACGACCUCCGCGUGCCGUUUUGGAUCCGGGGGCCCGGCGUGAAGCCCGGGGGCGUGCUGACCUUCCCGGCGACGCACGUCGACCUCGCGCCGACGCUCCUGGGCUUCGCGGGGGCCCGCGCGACGCCGGCGACGAUGGACGGCCUCGACCUCUCGGCGGCGAUUUUGGGGAAGGAGACCGCGGACCGCGCGACGCUGCUCCUCGAGUACGUCGGCGCGGGCACGGUCGUGCGCUACGAGCACGCGGAGGACGCGACGAACAACACGUUCCGCGCGCUGCGCAUACUCGACGGCACGCGCGACCUCAAGUACGUCGAGUUCACGUCGUCGCAGCAAAACUGGAACUGGACGGCGCCGGCGGACGAGCACGAGCUCUUCGACCUCGCGGCGGACCCCUACGAGAUGACGAACCUCUACGCGACCGCGGCGCCGGAGCUCAAGCGCGAGCUCCGGGGCGAGGUGGAGAGGCGGUAUCGGUGCCGGGGGCCGGCGGAGUGCGGCUGA